AUGAAGGAUAAGGUAUCACAAGUCAAAGCAGUGAAGCGAAAAAAAAGCCUUGUUUCAGAAACAGACCAUUCUUCUAAUGAAGACAGUCUUGAGCAACUCGAAUCAUCUACCGGAAAAAAAACAACCCGUGAAAAGCUACUCGACAUACUAGGCAGACGUGCCAACCCUAAAAAGCCCCGGGCUUCAAGAGCUCUGUCUGUACGGAACCCAAGACCGCGACAUUCAAAGGAGGACACUGUUCAGAUAAUCAACCCACCCUCUGAUCACAAGAUUGACUACACCCGAUUCAACAACAACCAGCUUAUUGAGAUGCUCAAGGAUGUUGGACUAGAUACCAGUGGGUUUGAGAGGGAUGAUCUUCUGAAAAGCUGCAAUGCAUACACGGAAUUAAUCAUCGCCCCCCCCUACCCCUCUCAGGACGAGGUUGGCCUAAAUCCAGUACGUUCAAACAUCAGCGACUCCUCAUUUACGUUCACAGUGGCACCCAACAGAAAUAUGAUUCCCGCAGGAACAUCAAAUAGGAUUCUAUCAGACAACACCAGCAAAAGUACACCUGGAGGUGACCAGUCCACCUCACUCCUACCGAGCCUCGAGCAUUGCCGGUUUCUGUACCCUCGUCCACACCCAACCAUAUUGUCUAGCCCUUCAUGUCCAAAGCCACCCAAUACCAAGGGGAAGGCUAAAGCGAAGUCGCCAACCCCAUCCAACUCUGAUUGGAAUCCACACGAUGAAGAUUUGAAUGACUCCAACACUGAAAAUGGCUGCAUUAGUGAUCUUGAGUCUACCCCCGCUUCCCCAACGAAUUUUCAAACACAAACCCCCCAUAACACUCACCUACCCAAAGAAAACACUCAACAUGGAAAAAAGGUGGAUUCACUUGAAACCGAACUGGAAGCGUUGACUCAUGUCGUGAACAAGUUGGUGAGAGCUUCGGGUGAUAACAGCAGUCCUCAAUCAAAGAGGCGUGGCGGCCGAGUUGCAGAUCGUGUUCGGUUUCACAUUGAUACUCUCAUAGGCCUUCCGGAGGGUUCAAAACUCCCAAGUCCAGACGAUACAAACAAUUCACCCAAAGAUCCUUUUGUAGCUGACGAUCCCUGCUUCCCAUACCAGAAUGGACCGGGACACAAGAACGCCACUCCCCAGCAAUUGCAAAUUAUGCAAAAAAUGCUCGACACUGCGGGUAUCUCAAGUUUCCGACCUGAUUUCUCAAAAAAUGCCAGGAUACCUAUGCUCGGUCACUUUCUAAGAGAUAUCGCCUACAAUCCUGGGAUCCAACGCGAUUAG